AUGAACUCCUUUUUCUAAGUUAUCUUUUAUCGUCAACAAUUUGGGUUUCUUGAUCUUAAAAAUAUAUUCAUGUGUAAACAAACAUUUCAUUUUUAAAAAAUAUAUUGUUCCUACCUGCCAAGCUAGAUCACGAGAUUCCUUUUGUCUGGCAAGGUAAUGAUUUUGAGAGACAUAUUUCUCCUCUUCAUGGUUCUGUUUCUGUAACAUCGUAUGGUCAUGGCUACUGGUUUUAUCAUUUCCUAAAUCACCAGCAUUCUAAUGAUCUCUCUUCCUAACUUGUAAAUUUAGUUCAGGUUAAUUUCCCUGACAAUACUCCUCACCACAGGGUCUUCAUUUUCUCAAGAUCCUUUUUAGCUGAAAUACCAUAUUAAUCCGAUACUGUAUUCAAGCGAGAAAUUAUUUCAAGGAAAGCAAUUCAAUAACUCCUUGCAAUUUUACUCCUAACUGGAAUAAAUAUGAGCAAAAAUAUGUUGUUCUCAGAAAAUAGACGCUUUCUAUUUGAGCACAAAGUAUUAAUGGCUUCUGAGAAAAGGACCACCGAAACAUCACUUUCUUUGUUCACUUCAAUGUGGAAUGAGCUGUCUGUUUGGAUGGAACACCAGGUGCUUACCACCUGCAUCCAGGGUCUGGAUCAGGAGAAAACAAUUGGCUCCUUGAACUAGAGGGGGGAGGCUGGUGCAAUGAUAUCGGCUCAUGUGUAUCCCGCAAAACAACUCGUCGUGGUUCAUCACACUACAUGAGGAAACAGAUACUAUUUACUGGAUUAUUGAGCAACAAACCUGAAGAAAAUCCAGACUUCUACAACUGGAACAGAGUUAGAAUUCGCUACUGUGAUGGUGCCUCGUUUGCAGGUGAAGGCUAUAAUGAGGCUGCUGGCCUUUAUUUUCGAGGACAACGUAUCUUUUCAGCUGCUAUGGAAGACCUGAUGUCAAAAGGCAUGGAUUCAGCUAACCAGGCCCUUCUUGCUGGAUGCUCUGCUGGGGGUCUGGCUUCCAUACUACACUGUGAUGAGUUUCGGGCAUUAUUUCCAGGAAACACUAAAGUCAAGUGCCUUGCUGAUGCUGGAUUGUUCCUUGAUGCUACUGAUGUAGCCGGUGGGCACACUCUAAGAUCCUUCUAUGAUGGUGUAGUAACGCUGCAGGGAGUGGCCAAGAACUUGCCAGGAACUUGUACCGCCAAGAUGGAUGCAACUUUGUGCUUCUUUCCACAGAACUUGUUGAGCAAUAUUCAGACUCCAACUUUUCUUUUGAAUACAGCAUAUGAUGUAUGGCAGAUUAGACAAAGUUUAGCCACCAAGAAUGCUGACCCUAAAGGUUAUUGGCAAGCAUGCAAAUUUAAUUAUUCGAAGUGCAAUGAUGAUCAAAUAAAGUUUCUGCAAGGCUUCAGGAACCAAAUGCUUGAUGCCACAAAAGGGUUCUCAAAUUUGAAGCAAAAUGGGUUAUUUAUUAAUUCAUGUUUUGCUCAUUGCCAAUCUGAGAAGCAGGAUACAUGGUAUGGAGAUAACUCUCCAGCUAUCGAAAACAAGGGGAUUGCAAAAUCUGUCGGUGACUGGUACUUUGAUCGAGCUGAAGUAAAGGAAAUAGACUGCCCAUAUCCUUGUGACAAGACAUGCCAUAAUCUUGUAUCAAGUUAAAAUUUAUUCAAUUAUUAUCAAAAUAUCACUCGGACUGUAAUUUGUUGCAGCUGCAUAUUCAUAAUAAGAUCAAAGAAUCCAAAGCAGAAGCAAAAAGAGAAUUCUGCUUGUGCAA